AAUAUUUGAGAAGUUUUUCACUACCGCACUAGAACCUUCCCACAAGCCCGCGCGGUGGGUCAGAGUUCACAGUCAGGAUGACGGCCGCAAACGAAGAGAUGGAGGUGGACCAAGAGAACAAGAAGGAAGGAAUCCAGCUGUACUUCCAGAACAAGAUAGAAGGGUUGGAGUUGGAAGUAGCAGAGAGGACACAAAACCUGAGACGUUUAGAAGCACAGAGAAAUGAACUCAAUGCCAAAGUGCGUAUGCUGCGUGAAGAGCUGCAGCUACUGCAGGAACAGGGCUCGUACGUCGGCGAGGUCGUCAAACCCAUGGACAAGAAAAAAGUACUCGUCAAGGUGCACCCAGAAGGGAAGUUUGUAGUGGAUGUGGACAAGGCCAUCGAUAUUAACGACGUCACGCCCAACUGUCGGGUCGCUCUGAGGAACGACAGCUACACACUGCACAAGAUCCUGCCUAAUAAGGUGGACCCUCUGGUGAGCCUGAUGAUGGUGGAGAAGGUUCCAGACUCCACCUACGAGAUGAUUGGCGGGUUGGACAAACAGAUCAAGGAGAUCAAAGAGGUCAUCGAACUUCCGGUCAAACACCCCGAGCUGUUCGAGGCACUGGGGAUCGCUCAGCCCAAGGGAGUGCUGUUAUACGGCCCACCCGGUACAGGGAAGACCCUGCUAGCCCGUGCAGUGGCCCACCACACAGACUGCACCUUUAUCCGUGUGUCUGGUUCAGAACUUGUGCAGAAGUUCAUCGGAGAAGGAUCAAGGAUGGUGCGAGAACUCUUUGUGAUGGCCAGGGAACACGCUCCUUCCAUCAUCUUCAUGGACGAGAUUGAUUCCAUCGGAUCCUCCAGACUGGAGGGGGGAUCAGGAGGUGACAGUGAGGUGCAGAGGACAAUGUUGGAGCUGUUAAACCAACUAGACGGGUUUGAAGCCCACCAGAACAUCAAGGCCCGUGCCGACAUCUUGAAGAUCCACUCCCGGAAGAUGAACUUAACCCGAGGAAUCAACCUGAGGAAGAUCGCUGAGACCAUGCCCGGAGCCUCGGGGGCAGAGGUCAAGGGGGUGUGCACAGAAGCAGGGAUGUACGCACUACGAGAGAGACGAGUUCACGUGACUCAGGAGGACUUUGAAAUGGCCGUAGCAAAGGUGAUGCAGAAGGACUCGGAGAAGAACAUGUCAAUCAAGAAGCUCUGGAAGUAAUGCCGGUGCAUGCUGGGAUAGCUUCCUGUAUAGAUGGACAUCAUCAUAUAUCGUUUUGGACACCGGUGUUAGAAAAAAAACAAAGAACAUGUGACAGUAUAGCAUACAGAACCACAUUGUAUAUUUUGUCAGUAAUUGUCGAUCUUUAAGUAUGGAAUAAGUGAAUAAAUAAAUACUAGAAUACAGCAAGUGUGAACAUACAUGGACACUUUGUACUCCUCUCGCCAAGUCUUGAACUAAAAACACAUCUAGAUUGUCAAUGAUUUCUCAUGAGUACAUAGUUCUUUGAUUAUUGUAACUUGAACAAGCAGUCACAAUAAAUGUGAUAGUUAGCAGUA